CUCAAGGGUGCGGUCGACGACACGGAACUGGGAAAACAAUCGUUUUCCGUUCGCUACAGUCAUGGACUUAAAAGGGAAAGUAGCCCUUGUCACUGGGGGAGCUUCGGGAUACGGCAGGGAAUACUGUAAGGAACUUUACAAACAGGGAUGCAAGGUGUCUAUAUGUGAUAUCAAUACGGACGCCGGGGAAGAGCUGCUUCAUCAACUUUCAAAAUCUUCCAAGGACAGAGUGAUAUUUUGUCCAUGUGACGUGACUGAUUAUUUACAAUUUGAAGAGGCAUUCCAAACUACAAUAUCUAAAUUAGGUGGAGUAGACAUAGUUGUAAACAAUGCAUCCGUUAUGAACGACCGAUUAUGGGAAUUGGAAGUGGAUGUUAAUUUGAAUGGCGUUAUUAGGGGUCUGCUCCUGGCAUUCAGAUUUCUGGGGAAAGACAGAGGAGGUUCUGGGGGUGUGGUGGUGAACGCUGGAUCCAGUUGUAGUUCUCAUCCUCUAGUUUCGUUACCCGUUUUCACUGCGACCAAACAUGCAGUAGCCGCAUUAACCAGAUCUUAUGGUGAUCAAUAUCAUGUUAAAUUAACUGGUGUACGAGUUAUUAGUGUCUGUCCAUCACCGACUGAGACCGCGCUUACUGGUGAUCCCAGAAAAAGGAUAUUGAGCACUGAAUAUGAACAAGCGUGGCAAUCAGACAUAGCCAACACUUCCCCGAUAAGAGUUGAAACAGUCGCCAAAUCACUGAUUGAACUUAUUCAAAAAGCUCCCAGUGGAUCGAGCUGGUUGAUUGAAAACAACACACCACCAAAACAAUUAUCUAUAUUUCCCUAAUGAUAUGUAUUGAUAUACAUAAAAUUUGUACUUUUUAUAUUAUAAAUUAGCUUCAAAAGCCAAAUCAUAUACAUGUUAUUCGCUUAAAUUAUUUGUUUAAUUAGACGCGGUUUAUUAAUACUUGUAAUGUUUUUAUUUGAAAAUACAAUUUAAUAUUUUAGCUGGAUAUUUAAUUUAACGAACAACUACCAUUUACAUUUAAAGUAAAUUUGAUUCAUUUUAAUAUCUUUG